AUGUCUUUUGAUUUUUUAAGUGAAUUUUCCUCGGAGAUUCAGGACCAAACCAAUUGGGAUUUGCUUCUGACUCCAAUGGAGCAGGAACUAGGCCUUGAUUCUAAGCCUUGUUUUGCCCCUGCCCCUGUCGUGCCUUCAUCUGCGGCUCCUCUUGAUUCUAUUGCCGCUCUCUUGACUCCUGAUUCAACUCUCAUUUCUAAGCCUAUGGAGGCUGCCACUGUCGAUGACUUUGGUCUUUGCGGGUCUCCUCUCUUUGACGAUGUUGAAGAUGCUUCCAAAUGGGAAUCUCUUUUCACUACCGUCAAUGAUCAGCCUGAAGCUAAGGCUAAAUCCUCAGCUGUUUCAUUCCCUGUUAUUCAAGAAGUUAAGAUCAAGUCGGAGCCUCUUUCUCCUCAUCUUAUUCCAUUUUCUAUGCCUUUGGAUGUUUGUGGUACCAUUAUGUCUGCUACUACUAGCACCACUUCUACUACAACUUCACCCGCUCCUACUACAUCCCAACAAGUUGAAGAUAAGCCUUCUCCAUCAUCAUCAUCAUCAUCAUCAUCAUCAUCGGCUUCUUCUUCUACUACUUGUUCUCCUAAUGCUGCCUCUCCUGAUGAGUCUGGUUCUGCUAACCCUCUUAAGCGCAAGCGCAGCGGAACCAACUCUAUUGAUUAUAAGAGAGAUGAGCUGGGUAUCACCAUUUACAACCGUAAGCCCCGUGCCAAUCCGUUGGGCCCUGUUGUGCCUGAAUCCGCAGAUACUGUUGCUGUCAAGCGUGCACGCAACACUGAGGCUGCCCGACGAUCGCGGGCUCGUAAAUUGGAGCGCAUGACGCAGCUGGAGGCCAAGGUUGCCGAGCUGGUUGCACUCAAUGCUCGUUUGGAGCAGGAAAACUUGGAACUUAAGAGCGAAAAUAUGCAGCUCAAGUCCAAAAUGCAGUAA